CGGUGUAUGAAGCAGUUACAAAGCAUUUAUUUUAGCCGACAAAUGUCUCGCCGUACAUUUUCGAUUGCUGCGCUCACGGUCUCAUUAACCCUUAGCGGUGCAUACGAGCCAGAUAGCACACGAUUAAAAGUUAACGAAAAAUUGGAACCACGCAUUAUUAACGGUCAAGUGGUGACCAUCGAGCAAUAUCCCUAUCUAGUCGCAGUGCAAAUAUGGGGAAGCUUUCAGUGUGGCGGCAGUAUUAUAAGCCGGAGAGUUGUCCUGACCGCAGCGCAUUGCUUGGAACGCGAAAAACAACCACGCAAAUAUAGCAUAAUAUAUGGUGAAACUGAUAUACAGGGUGCAACGAGUAAUGUUAUACAAGUGGAAAGCUUUAAGAUGCAUCCGGAUUAUAGUAACAUCAAUAUGGAUUACGAUGUUGGCUUACUUUUCCUUGUCGAAAGCAUACCGUUCAGCAAAAGUGCGCAAUGUAUCAAAUUGGCUGUGAAUAGGCCGUGGCUCGGUAGUCGAGCCAGUAUGGUGGGUUGGGGCGAAACACAGGCGAGCGAUCGCGGUCGUUUGCAUGCUGUUUACGUGUAUACUAUAAUGCAACUGCGCUGCUGGUUGUUAUACAAAAACAAGUGGAGAAUAACACCACGUAUGCUGUGCGCUGGCGUGCCACAGGGUGGUAAGGACGCAUGCCAGGGCGACUCUGGUGGGCCGUUGGUGGUCGGAGACGAACAAGUGGGUAUAUGCUCGAAUGGUUUUGGGUGUGGCCUUAGGAAGUACCCUGGCGUCUAUAGUAAUGUUGCUGUUUUACGCGACUGGAUCCAAAGCCAUGUGAAUACAAGCUGCAGCGAUACGAAGGCGAUUUCGGCGUCCAAAGGAAGAACGAAACUUAAACUAUUUGGAAGCAUGAACAGAAGAGAAAGCUGAAACGAUUUUGAAAUUAAAAGCAUAUAAUAAUCUUAAUUUUUCUUUAUGUGGGAAGAUUACUGUGCACGAUAACAGCGCUGAUCACGUAAAAAUAUCGAUAUUUAGCGUAUAUCGAAUGAAAAAUAUUAAUAUCGAUUUUUUUAUCGAAAGUAGGAGAAUCUGUAUCUGUAUUCCUGAAAAAUCAAUAUCUCCAAUUAUCUUUGGUAACAUAAAUUGGCGAUUGAAAAUAUAUAAAGUUAUCGACUUUUUAUCGAUAUUAAGAGAAAAAUCUAUAUCUCGAUAAAAUUAUUAUUUCUGAUAGGUUUUGAUAUUAAGUGAAAUUUCCGAUAUUUAUCGUGUAUCGAAUGAAAAAUAUUAAAAUAUCGAUUUUUUAUCGAAAGUAGGAGAAGCUGUAUCUGUAUUCCUGAAAAAUUUUUAUCUCCA